GCCGGAUUUCAAUUCGCUCAAUAUGGCAGUGGCUUUCGGUAACGUUGGGAACUGCCAGUCGUAGAGGACUGUUCAAAAAAGUAAAAGUAGGAAGUUGAGCUCUGCUAAGUUAGAAAUAAAUGUAAUACCUGAAAAACGGAACUAACGAGGAUUCAAUACGGAAUAUUUGUGAAAUGAAAAACACACGACCUGUCUUUUAUAUACCGUGAAGUGGAAUAGGUGUGCAACUUUAAACUUUUUAAGUUACAAACUGAAUUUUAUUGAAGGGACGAACACGAAAAAAGAACGACUAACUAAAUUAAACAGAAAUAUUGGAUAAAAAUGACUUUGUUGUUUGGAAAGAAGGUAUGCGAUCGUUUAAUAGGAAGAUGUGUCAGGAGACUAAACCUUUUCUCCACUCCCUCGCCUUCUAACUGGACUAAAGUAGUGUCGGAUGCUGAGAAGAUCGUGGGCUACCCCACCUCCUUCAUGAGCCUCCGCUGUCUGCUCAGCGAUGAGCUCAGCAACGUCGCUCUGCACGUCAGAAAGCUGGUGGGCACGAGACACCCGCUAAUCAACACCGCCAGGGGUUUUGUCUUCGACAAUAAGAACAACCUUCAGAUGAGAGGCUUGGUUGUGCUACUUAUUUCUAAAGCUGCUGGUCCUAGUUUAGCUGCUGAUGCCCCUCUUGAACAAGAUAUGGUUAGUGGAAUAUACCCAAGUCAACGUAACCUUGCUGAGAUCACUGAGCUGAUUCAUUCUGCUUUCCUGGUUCAUCGUGGCAUUGUGAAUCUCAAAGACUGGACAACUUCUGAUGGCCCCCUGAAUGACAUGCAGUUUGGAAAUAAAAUGGCUGUCUUAAGUGGGGAUUUUCUUCUUGCCAAUGCAUGUACUGGUCUGGCACAACUGAAUAACACAAAGGUUGUGGAGCUCAUAUCCAGUGCUAUUGGGGACUUGGUUCAAGGUAUAUACUAUGAAAACAACAGAGCGGGUGAGGAGAUCAACAUUACUGAUGACGUAUUAAUUGGAGCCUGGCAAGAUCACACCUUUUUAUCCCAUGGUGCUUUGCUCGCUAAAAGCUGUCAAGCAGCAAUGGAGUUAGCACACCAUGAAAUGCGGUCCCAAGCAUUGGCAUUUCAGUAUGGCAAACAUCUUUCUCUUGGACAUAAGCUAAACUCAGAUGUGCAAGCUUUUGUCAAGGAAAAUACAUGUGAUCGAACAUCCUUCAAUUUCAAUAGUGCCCCUGUCAUUUUGCACCAGCAAUUUGUUGGUCGAGAGCAGUGGAUUUGUGAAAUCAAUAAGGCUAAAUCCAGCCAUCAUGAUGCAGGCUACUCAGAGUUGUGGAGAAUAGUGAAGAGUGGCAAAGGUGUGGAUUCUGCCAUUGACCUGUGUCAUUACCAUGGAAACAAAGCACUUGAGGCUAUAAAGUGCUUUCCUCCCUCGGAGGCCCGAUCAGCAUUAGAAAAUAUUGCCACCGCUGUUACCAAUUUGUAACACAAACACAAAUUUGUAUAUACCAGACUGCAUGCAGCUAUCAAUACAUUUUUACAGUAUACUAAAAAUGUGAACAAUACUGUUGCCGUGUUUUGUGUUUAUUCUCUUGUUUGCAUUUAAUUUAAAGCUUACAGCUUGUGUGAGUGUGUGUGUGUGGCAUCAAACACAAUCACAAAAAAGGUCAAACAGCUUUCACUUGUCAUGCCAGAAGCACACUUGAAGCUGCUCUGGUAGAAAUAAUUAAUGAGACUUUCUGCUGUGACCUCAGCAAAUGGACAGGAAAUAGGGCCGUAUUGAUUGGACACAGCCAGGGAUGGCGCCAGCGUGGUGGCCUGUGGUUUUCUUGCACUUGUGAGGACAAAGGGGGUGUGAACUUGCAGGUGUCACAGGAAACACUCGGUUACUCACUACAUACGCUUGCUUUGCUUUUCAUUAGGAAGGACACUUCAGUGAAAGAAGAUGAAAAAGCAGAAAGAAGCUUGUGAUUGUUCUUAACUCAGUUUUUGCACUUUUUGUAGUCUUUUUUGCAAAAGAGGUUACAUUAAAGAUAUUUGUUCAAUAUAUCAGGCUCAAUAUACAGUAUGCUUAAACUGGAGGAAAAAAAAUCAAGUGUACUUUUCCCUCUCUUCCCUCUUUAUAAUCUUCCUUUUAUUUCUUAUAAUGGCUCAGCUUUUACCCAGUUUAUCCUAUUGCCAGGAGCAAAGGCUUUGUUAUUUAAAGGGUAAAUAUGAGCCAUUUAAACUUGAAGAUGCAGACUUUAAAAGUCUUUAACAACAGAUCACCAAUGACAGAAAGAGUAGAAGGUAUAUCAUCAGCCUGCAACUUGACACUGUCUCUGUUUUGUUCAUAGAGAUGAUUUUUGUGGUUUGCAUGCAUGCAACCUGAGAGCAACGUUGACAAGAAGGCUGAGUUUACAUAAAUGAUCUAGAUUGGGAUUCAGCUACCUUUCUUCCUUCUGUGGUGUAAUUACAGCCAAUCUGGAGACAGCUAGCACAGCAAACAGAUUUUAUUACACCGUCAUUCAAAUAUUAAGGAGCAGCUUUCAUAGGACUCCACGGACAGCACAGCAGCAGGGUAUCCUCAGGUGUGACUUAAGCUUUAUUAUUUCCAGGUGGACUGUCACCUCCUAAUUGUCUGAUUUGUUUGUAAAAAAAAAAUCAUUUGAGAAAUGGAUGUAAGGUAAAAAAAAAUCAAGCAAAUCAGAUGAAAUUCCCAUUAAUUCAUUUCCACUUACUGAAUAGUUAAAUCCAUAUGUGUGCAUGGAAGAAAGAAGCAGCUAAAUUUGACUGAUUUAUUAUGUCCAUGAAUAGAAAGAAAUGACUAAUGUAAAUGCUGUUUUUUUUUUUCUUGUAAAAUAAAAGAUACGAAUGACUACAAA